CUCAAUUGACGUUUCACUCUCUGGGUUUCGCCUUUUGAUGGAUUGGGUUUUCACAUUUGUAAUGCCCAGUCGUCCCUUCGUUCUACACUCUGUGUUGGUGGUUUACAAAGAGAAGAGAGGGAAGGUAAAAGUGUAUUGAUGGCAAAAUGUUUCAUUUCAAUUGCCUCAUCCUAAAUACUAACCAAACAAGAUGGUUUACAAAGAGAAGAGAGGGAGGGUAAAAGUGUAUUGAUGGCAAAAUGUUUCAUUUCAAUUGCCUCAUCCCAAAUACUAACCAAACAAGACAAUUUCACACAAUUUCCUCAAAAAUGAGUCAAUUAGAUCAAAUUGCUUCAUUUGCCCAUUGUUCCAUCCAAACGAAGAAUGUGUUGCUUGCUUUUUUUUUUUUUUGGCAGCCUCCUUUUGUUGAAGCAUAUCAUAUAUGGCGGCAAUUUGGGCCGCAUCUACCGCCCACCCCACAAACACACCCACUUGUUCAGGUUUUGGGUGGCCGAAUCGGCAUGUGCAUGUCCAUGUCCGUAGACAAAAAGGAUUUCUUUCUCCUCUGCUUCUUCCCCCAUCAUAAACAGCGCAUUGCGUGCCCACUUUCCCUUCCCUCGUGUUCACCGCCUCUGCUUCCUCCGGGCAGCUGACCGUUAAUUCCGUUUUGCCUUUCACGUCUUCACAUUCUCCCCUGCACCUCGAAUCCGAAACUGAUAAAAAAAAAAAAACAGAGCCAGAACAAAAACGCCUGAAUUCACCAAUCCGACCCGUAUACGGUAAGUAAUCCGCCAUCAUCAAUUCAUUCUUUAUAAUCCCCCAACCUUUUCCCCAUCUAUAAAUCAAUACCCAAUUGCCCAAACCCACGCCGGCCCUCUCUCUCUCUCUCUGGGUUCAUCCCAUCCUCUGUUUUUCUUUUCCUUCCACAAAUUGGACGGACAUGCAAAAGCUCUGAAACUCCCCCAUGGCGACUUUCCCAUCAGCGGGAGACCACCACCACCUGGUGGCUGCUGUCCCCAAGGACAUCCUCGUCGACGUCCUCGCGAGGGUAGCCUUCCAAUCGCCGGCCGAUCUCGUCAGCGCAAAGCUAACAUGCAAGGCUCUGCUGGAAGCAUCCGGCGAGGACUACAUCUAUCGCCACGUCACCAUCGCCGAGUUCCCUGUUAUCUCCUGGAAGAGCGACCUUUCUGGCGUUUUGUUCAUCGAUCGAUGUAUUACCAGCGGCAACCCGGAAGCUCUGUUUCGCCGGGGGUUGAUUGAGUACCUCAGCACCCUCGAAAUUGAUUCGGGGCUCCGGAAUUUGGGAUCUGCCGCAAGGUCGGGUCACCCGGAAUCCGUCUACAUCUAUGGGGUUCUCAUGCUUUGCCAAGGCCAGCAGGAGGAAGGGAUGGCUCUGCUGCGGUCUCUCGAAGGAGGAUCGCGGUGGCUGGAGAUGGUGAGGUACUGCCGGAAGAGUGUCAGAUCGGUCGUCAUGGAUAUGUGGGUGAGGAAUUUCACGAUUUUGGCUGGGCCGGAGCAGAAUCGAGGGAGGAUUUGCAGUUGCAGGCAAGAGGGAUUCACCGUGCUGCCCUCGCCGGAGAGUAUGGGUAGAGGCAGAGCAGGGUGGGCGUCAAAGGAGGAUGCGGAACUAGAUUUCUACGCCAUCAAUCGGUGCCGGUCAUGUUUUUGGAACCAUGAAGCGGCGGCUUUUUGCAGCAUGUUGAGAUUCGGCCGAUUCUGGUUUUGAAGAGAAUCAUCUGGACCAAAUUGUUCGGUGCUCUUUAUUUGUACAUCAACAUCGAGCUAUGUAAAGAUAGAACACAUUCACAAAUAUGGAUAUAGGACCCAUGAAGGGAAAGUGGGAAACUGGAUAUUUUCACCCCUGUUUUCUGAAUGGGAAAUUUUAUACAUAUUUCAAGAUUAGGACUUGAGGCCAGAAUAGAUACAAAAUGUGGUU